AUGAAAAUCGUAAUAAGAGAUCGAUUCCAGAUCCUUAUGAUAUUCACUCAAAACAAGAAGAAUAAGACCACUGUUUUUGAUAGAAGUAAACGGAUUGCAAAUAUAGUAAACGCUCUUUACAGUCAGUUGAAUAUAUUUGUGGUUUUGGUCGGAGUUGUAAUUUGGACCGAAAUGAAUGAAAUAACUCUGUCGACUGAUGGCGACCAAACCCUUACCAACUUUUUGCACUAUAGAAGGGAACGCCUUAUAUCCAUCCAUCCCAAUGAUAACGCACAGCUAAUAACGGGCUCUUCGUUUGAUGGCGGAGUU